AUGUCUGUUGUCGUUGCCGUGCGAGUGAAAACUCAAGAUGAAAAUAUAUACCAAUUCAAUACCAUCAAAGAAGUAGAAACCACCCCUUCCACCCGCUAUGAUCAAGUGAAAAUCUUUGGCAAGAACGGAGAAGAAUUGAUUGAAUUAAAAGAUACAAAGAAUUCCGUCGAACGGCAGAAUGAAACAUCCUCUUCUUCAUUGACCCAAAUCAAAGACGAAAGAUCACCACCACCACCGACCAACUCAAAUCCUUUAAACAUUUCCAUUCCAUCCACUAGUACUGAUGUUUCAACAAUCAAUGAUGAUCAUCAUCACUACAUGGAAAGUACUUUCGAAUGUGAAAGUCCGAAUCAUCAACAUCAACAAUCAUCACACAACACAAUGACCACCACGAAUAGGAGCAUCAUCAGCGCAGGUAGCAGUAGCAACAACAACACUACUGCUCGACCACCAUCCAUGAUCCAACUAUUGAACUCCUCUCAAAGUUUCACUCCACGUUCUUCUUCCUCGAACAAAUCCAAUGAAAACAUUCUAUUUCUGGCAUUUGAAAUGGUUGCUAGCACUUCGUUUUUGAUUUAUUUAAUAUAUGGAGUGUUUUAUUAUUCAUUUCAUAGUUUUGCAAUUCCAUUAUUGGAUAAUUCUGCUCAUCAUUAUUUAUUACCUUCAUUCUUUUUAUUGGGAGGAGUGUGUGUGAGUGUUUUGGUACUUUCAGGUUUCUUUUUAUGGAAAGUGAAAAAAUUGAGAUCAGUGAAAAAGUACAAGCUCAACAAGUGUGUCUCAUGUUCAGUGUGGUGUUCAUUUUGUGGUUUAUUGGUUUGCCUCAUUCCAUUGGUCAUUGCAUUGAUAUGUACUGUGAUUUAUAUUGGACUCACAAUUGCCAACACGAGAAGCAUGUCCAAUAUUAUUGGUUGUGUCUUUUAUGGAGUGAUUUGUGUGAUUGCAUUAGCCGUUACGAUUGCAUCAUCUAUUGGAUGUGCAUUAUCCAUGAAAAAGAUCAAGAAACGGAAAAGAAACAUUCCACUUUUAUUAUUUCGAAAAUUCAGACAAGCGAUUGCCAUGAUGUGUGUAGUGAUUUCUGUCAUUCUAUUUUUCGUCAUGUUUAUUUACUUGAUGAUUUGUGGAGUAAUUUUUUCAAAUUUACAAUUGUCAUUGCUUUCAACUGGAAUAGAAUUUUCAGUAUUCACACGAGUUUUAUACUUUUUAGAAUGGAUGACCUUUUUUGCAUGUGUUGCAUUUGGAAUUAUUUUUUUCAAACAAUUUCCAAAGAUUACUCUUUUAUUAAUUUUACUUCCAUUGUUGCUAUCAGUAUUGUCUUUUGCUCUUUCCAUUGUUGAGAAUAACAUGAUGUACAAUCAUGUGAUGGAUGGUGCUUUUCGAAAUUUAUAUGGAGUAUUUGGUGAUAAUAAUUACAUAUUGGAUCAAGCAGUGACAUUAAUGGCCAUGAUAUUCUUUAAUGUGACUUGUUAUUUUGCAUAUUUUAAGAUUAAAUUGUAA